UUGGAGCUCUUUGGAGAUGGGAGACGGUUGUGUGGGGAAGAGUCCCCAAUGAAUGGCAAUGUUACUAAUAAUGUACACAGUACGCUGCAACCCCGGGGGGGUGAUCGUGAACAAGCCAUUGUGUCUCGCACCGUCGUACAGCCAGAAGUCUUGGGUGCGUUUCAUGUACCAUUUUGUCUGUAGGAUGGGUUUAAAAGGGAGGUUUGGCCUGGGAGUUAACUGGCCGUCAUGGAAAAAACACGAAGAAACUCUUGAACCAGCUGGAUUUAUUUUUUCUGGGGUAGUGACCGCGCCAGAGAAGUUGCUGAAAGCGGCGUCAAAGUUACAAGUUCUUAACGACCUAACCUAUGUAUGCUUCGUGUCCGUUGUUGGUUUAAAUAACACCAUUGAUUAGAGUUUCGAGUUUCGAAGACGGGGUUCAUGGAAAUACUCAUAGCGUGUGUACAGUUCCUCAGGCGGAUCUGUAUCAUCAUCAAGCUUUUGCAAAAAUGUUCAUGCUCAUUCUGCUGCAGGUGGCUCGCUAGAUAUAUUGUUCAUUCUUCACACAGGGAGAUCAAACGACGGAGUAUAUAUAUCUUGUCCGGUACAUUGGGUACAGGGCCCAAAAUUAAACAUUUAGGCAGAGCCAUGGCUCGCGGGAGUUUAUAUACGGAAAAAUAGGUCAAUGAAUC